AUGAAGUACGGUCAUUUGAAACUUCACUACAUGGCUGCUUUGCAAGUGCCCCAAAGGGACAUUUUGGAUAUCUUUUUUGGGAACACUGAAGACAAGCAGAAAAUCGCCAGUUUGGAAGCUGAAGUGUCUCGCUUGAAGUCUGUGGCAUCAUCGUCCUCUUUGGCUGAAACAAGUGCCUCCACGGAUGUUACAGCAAUGAAGGAUCGUCUGGCUGCCCUGGAGCAGGAAAAUGCGAAGCUAACCGAUGACUUGACGGCCAAGAUAGGAGAAUUUGAAGAAGUGAAGUUCCGUCUCAGUGCGAUGGCUCCAUCUUUCGAGAAGGCGCAAGCUCGCGUAGCUCAACUGAAUGCUGAGAAAAACGAUUUGUUAGCUCGAAUUGCGUCUCUGGAAGGUCAGAUCGCUGCAGUGCUAUCUGGAAACCAACCACGUCCGUCUGUGUCCUUGUCUGCAUCUUCAGUUAUGUCAACUGGCUCAUUACCUGACAGUAAUGCCUCCGGUGGAAGUGGCGCUGUCUCAGCAUCAACUCCAAAGCGAUUGUCGUUUGACUCACCAGUACGGUUCCAAAAUCCACCUACAGUAACCACAUCGGCUGACACAAUUUCAGGAUCAUCUACUCACACGGGCGUUGCUCAGUCCGCAUCCACAAGCUCGGCGCCUCCUGUAUCUCUAGCAUCCCAAGUUCCGAAGUUGUUCAAGUCAAGUGUCGAACCAGCAUUCUCUUCGACUCAGGCCUCAUCGACACCUAUCGUUGAAGACUCCUCGUCGGAGAACCGUAGUGAUAGUGCAUCCCAGGAAUCUACUCCUGCUAUUCAAGUAGUCCCUUCGUCUCCUGUCACGUAUUCGCUUGCAACGUCGUCUGCUGCUCGUAUUAGUCCUGGACAGUCUCUGUUUGGCAAAUCUGCUCCGGCCGCGGUGCCAAGUGUGAGCACUUCAACCGCGAAUAGUUCCUCAGAAGGAAAUAACGUAUGUGGUUCAGUUGUAACAGAAGCAGAACAGAGCAGUCAGGUUAGCGGUAGCGGUGAAGUUCGUAGAGAUGUCAAUGACGAUGAUGGCGCUGGUCAUAACGAUUCUGCUGGCGAAUCGCGUGACAGCGGCAGCGGCAUGCCGGUGUCUUCGUCAGAUGGAAGGCGCAAACGUUCUGCAACUAAUGAAUCGUCAAGCUGUGAAUCGAAACGCCAUCGUGACAGUCCAAGCGAGGUCGUCACCAGCAGCGAAGAGCGGCGGGAUCUUGGUAAGGAACUGUCAACUACUCGUAUGAUUGCAGAUUCGGCCGCCGCUGAUUGA